AUGCCGAUCUCGAAGGUCCACGCCCGCCAGAUCUACGACUCCCGCGGCAAUCCGACCGUCGAGGUCGACCUGUUCACCGACAAGGGCGUCUUCCGCGCCGCCGUCCCAUCCGGCGCCUCGACCGGCAUCUACGAGGCCCUCGAGCUGCGCGAUGGCGACAAGUCCGUCCACCUCGGCAAGGGCGUGCUCACCGCCGUCCGCAACAUCAACGAGAAGAUUGGGCCGGCCCUCGUCGCCAAGAACUUUGACGUGACCCAGCAGCGUGAGAUCGACCAGUUCAUGCUCGCCCUGGACGGCACCGACAACAAGAACGUGCUCGGAGCCAACGCCAUCCUCGGCGUGUCGCUCGCCGUCUGCAAGGCCGGGGCCGUCCACAAGGGACUCCCCCUCUACAAGUACAUCGCCGAGCUGGCCGGCAUUGAUAAGGUCAUCCUUCCCGUGCCGGCGUUCAACGUCAUCAACGGCGGCUCGCACGCCGGCAACAAGCUCGCCAUGCAGGAGUUCAUGAUCCUGCCCGUCGGAGCGCAGACGUUCGCCGAGGCGAUGCGGAUGGGAUCUGAGGUCUACCACCACCUGAAGGCCGAGAUCAAGAAGCGCUAUGGCCUCGACGCGACGGCGGUCGGCGACGAGGGCGGCUUUGCCCCCAACAUCCAGGACAAUCGGGAAGGCCUCGACCUCCUCAAGUCGGCCAUCGAGAAGGCAGGGUACACCGGCAAGAUUAAAAUCGGCAUGGACGUUGCGGCCUCCGAAUUCUUCAAGGACGGGAAGUAUGACCUGGAUUUCAAGAACCCCAACUCCGACCCAUCCAAGUGGAUCAGCGGCGACGAGCUGGCCGACCUCUACCAGUCGUUCAUCAAGGAAUACCCGGUCGUCUCCAUCGAAGACGGCUUCGACCAGGACGACUGGGAGCACUGGGGCAAAUUCAUGGCGAGCACGGACCUGCAGCUCGUCGGCGACGACUUGACGGUGACCAACCCGAAGCGAAUCCAGACGGCCAUCGACAAGAAGAGCUGCAACUGCCUGCUGCUAAAGGUCAACCAAAUCGGCUCCGUCACUGAGUCGAUCGAGGCGGCCACCCUCUCGCGCAAGAAUGGCUGGGGCGUGAUGGUCUCUCAUCGGUCGGGUGAGACCGAAGACACCUUCAUCGCCGAUCUCGUCGUCGGGCUCGCCACAGGACAGAUCAAGACCGGAGCCCCGUGCCGCUCGGAGCGUCUCGCCAAGUACAACCAGAUCCUGCGCAUCGAGGAGGAGCUGGGCCCGGAUGCCGUCUACGCCGGCGAGCACUUCCGCAACCCCCAAGGCAAA